AUGAGACCGUGUGCGCCUGGCGUGGCGUUGCAGUUAGUGGUGGCAGAUCCGUGGCAGCGCUGCGCAAGGCGUAGGACGAGUACCAGUGCCAGCACUAACACUUGUAAAUCAUUUACGAGCAGGAUACCGUUCAAGCUGCGGUCCGAUCAAGUGAAUGAGUCUAAUAUUCCCUCAGCUCGGGAGGUUUCAGAAAUGAUUGCAACACACGAGGAGUUGCAAGAACAGUUACCUUCCGCAAAGUUUUUGGAGUCACGGUACAUCAAGCGACCGUUGCACACCGAGAGUUGCGGAAGUUGCCCUGCCACUGUGUGCGGGCCGCCUCUGUGGCCGGAUUGCGAUACACCGGAGGAAAUUAUGGAUGAGGAACGUUACGGCGGCCCUGAGGCAAUGGACCGAGUGCCGGCUCCAUCAGCCGAGCACAUGUUGCUUGCCUGGCGUGCGCUGAUGUGGGGGACACUAUAUGCCUUUGUUGGUGUUACUCUCGUUGUAGCGGUGGCGAUAUACGUCAGCGGUGUGAACGGCAUUUCGAGUGUUCUCCAGCAUCUGCGUAGUCGCUCAGAGCGGGAGUUACAUCGACUGUCAGCUGAAGGUCAGGAGGUACAUCAUUUUGUGCUUGACUUGACAAACCCGGUGGCGUUCGGCCGGCAGCUACAGGAGGCGUGGCAAUUGGUGCAAGACAUUGCGAAUAAGCAGGAGGAGGGUGAAGAGAGUAUAGCGAAGGAGAUCAAAGAGGAGCUGUAA